UUGCAACCACGAGGUGGUUUCAGUCAAAAACAUGGAUACGACGCGCAGCAGCGAGGAGCUGUCUGUAGUUUGAAAAUUCGCUGUGCAUUAAAACUGCAACGGUACCUGCCAGCGAUUGACACAGGUAAGCCGCCGAUAACCUGAAAGAUCUAGGUGAAGAUGACCCGCUGGGCACGGAGCAAAAGUGUCCUCAAGCAUGAACGACAGCCAGGCGAGGCUACCACGUGGUCUGAGUUCGUAUCUCAGCGGCAGCAGGCAACAAAACCUCGUUUCGCUCGUCUUGAUGACACUGGGGCUAAUACGAAGUUGUUGAACACUGAAAAGGAGCUAUCCGAAAGUAGCAACCUUGCAGCCAGGAAGAAGCUCUCGAGCUCAGGCAGUACUGGUGCUGAGUCCAGUACUGACAGGCAAGGUGUGACUGGUGAUGCUGUCCAUCUAAAGAAAGCAGCAGUGACUACUAACAAGCCUUCGCAAGACAUCAAUGAAAAUUAUAGCAACUUGAAGGCGAAAAGCCAAAAUGCUGCCAAAAGAAAAGUGGUUUCAGCACACAACGAAGAAGGUGAAGCACUCAAUAAGCUGAUGCUGAAGCACAGAAAAACCAAUGCAGGUUCUCCAGGUGCACAGAAUACCAUGAGGGUAGCUUCUGCAAAAAGUUUUGCUGUAGUGCCCGUGCCAAGUUCUAGUAUUGGAAGUGCAGGCAGUACAGGUAACACAGUUUCAAGAAAUAUUGGGAAAAAAAUAUCAUUUAGUAUUAAAAAAAAAACAUGUUUGCUCAAAUCAAACAUUUCUGCUGCCGAGAUUGCUGUACCAGCAUCAAAAAACAAGCUUCCGCCUUUCAGUGUGACUACGAAAUGUAGCGAUGAAAAAGAGUCACAGUCUUCGGCUCAGUUGUCAAAAGCAAGAAAAAAGAAGGUGAUUACUAAAAAGCAUCUUCCUUCACCUGGGGAAGAGGCUCCCCUUUCAGCCAAAGAUGAAGGAAAGUCUGACAGCUCUGUCCCUGACAGGGGAGCAGCAGUCCCAAAAGAGGAAGCAUUGCUCGUCAUUGAAAAUGUAGGGGACAAUGAGGGAGAGGAAGGGCAACGUGUGUCCAAGGUGCCUAGGACAGGCCCGCACGUUGAUGGUGGUGGCAGCUGCAAAGCCAAGCGAUUGCAGCGGAUGCGGAAGCAGCGGGAGGCAAAAGGCCUGCUGCUUCUGCCAGAAAAGGUGGAACGACGCAUCUACCUGACCAAAAAGUCCAUGCGCAAGAAGGGCAUUCCUGGCGAGCAGAUCAAGGAAGCUGUGCGCAAGAUGCGACGAAAGGAAGAGCUGCUGUUCCGCAGGCAGCUGGCAAAGCUAUGCUUCAAGUGUCGUCAGCCUGGCCAUCGAGUGUCUGACUGUCCUCAGAUGCUCCAAGAUUCUAGUGAGCCCAUUGGAAUUUGCUUCAAGUGUGGAUCAACAGAGCACUUCUCAUCUGCAUGCACAGUUCAGACAAGCAAAGACAACGAGUUCCCAUAUGCCAAGUGUUUCAUCUGCAAGCAACAGGGGCAUCUGAGCCGCAAGUGCCCUCGCAACGAUAAAGGAGUGUACCCAAAAGGAGGUCACUGCAAUUUCUGUGGAGCUAUCGACCAUUUUAAAAAGGAGUGUCCCAAGAUGGAGAAGAAUAAGAGCAAAACCAGCGAGGAAAGCGAGAUUGCUGCCGACAUUGUGAGCGUUGGCCAGAGUGCAGACGCUGAGAACAUUGUGCCUUUACAUCAGGGUGUCCAGCUAAAGAAGGAGAAGGUGGUUAGCUUCUGAAACUGUGUUGUCUGCAGAACUGGCCACACAACCUUGUAAUAAAGAAUCAAGUUUUUUGGAGAAACUUCUGGAUGAAAAUUUGACAUUUCACAAUGAGAGGUGACAGUGCACAUGAAAACAGAGGUGCUCAUAGAAUAGGCAAACACAAGCGCUGCGAUCUAUCUGUCGGUUUGUUGUUAUAGAAGCAAGACUAACAAGCUAGCCAACCAAUACUGGCCUAAUCUGACAUUUCAUUGAACAUGGGAAUGGCUGAAAGGGCAUUGGUCACUCAAAAUGGUGAAUAUACUAUUCAACAAUCGUAGUGCUUGGUGACAUGUGAAUUAUUACUCAGAUUUAUUAACAUGCUUGUAUACAUUUAUAAAAUGCAUCGGAAAAAAAAUUUCUGAUGUUAUAAUUUGAUUGAUACGUGCAAAACUGUUUGGUCAGAUGCAUUGGUAUUUGAAAAUAAAAUGUUUUAAUGAAGCUG